UUACACGUUUGUCAAUUGUGUUUAGGAGGUCUCCACUGAUCCCACAGGAACUCUCACAGCUGCUGAAGAGAGAAAGGAGAAGGUGCCAAGCCCACAUCUCAGUCAUCUAGUCGUUUUGACAUCUGGCAAUUCACUCUAUGGUUUGGCAGAGAGAGUGGUAGCCACGGAAUCCUUGGUAUUUCUGGCUGAGCAGUUUGAGUGUCUUCAGCCUCAUCUUGAUGCAGUGAUGCCAGCUGCAAAGAAGCCGUUUCUUCAGCAGUUUUAUUCUCAGACUGUGUCAACUGCCAAUGAACUACGCAAACCAGUUUAUUGGAUUGUUGCUGCUAAAGCUAUUGAUUAUGAACAGAUGCUGCUUCUCAUGGCUAAUGUAAAAUGGGAUGUGAAGGAAAUCAUGUCACAACACAAUAUAUAUGUAGACUCUCUUUUAAAGGAAUUUGAAGAAUUCAACAGAAGGUUGAAUGAGGUAUCUAAGAGAGUCCGUAUUCCACUAAUAGUCUCAAAUAUACUUUGGGAGCACUGCAUGCGCUUGGCCAAUAGAACUCUUGUGGAAGGUUAUGCUAAUGUGAAGAAAUGCAGCAAUGAAGGACGUGCCUUGAUGCAACUGGACUUUCAACAAUUCUUAAUGAAACUAGAAAAGUUAACAGACAUUAGACCUAUUCCAGAUAAAGAAUUUGUGGAGACCUACAUUAAAGCCUACUACUUAACAGAAAAUGACAUGGAGCGCUGGAUAAAAGAACACAGGGAGUAUUCCACUAAGCACCUGACAAAUCUGGUGAAUGUUUGUCUGGGGUCUCACAUCAACAAGAAGGCGAGACAGAAGCUGCUAGCUGCUAUUGAUGAUAUAGACAGGCCUAAAAGAUAACUGGAGAGAGUUACUUUCCGUUUACUCUUGUACCUUUUUCUGUUCACGUGAAGCAUGCGGACAAAUGACAAAUGGACUAAUGACAGCAUUGUCUUAAAAACCAUUGUGCAUGACUUUUCUUAUCAGCAUUGGAGACACUCUGAAUUGGCAUAAUGUUCUAAAAUAUUACUUUUUUAACCUGUAAGAAUCCUUUUCUUAUGUAUUUUUCUGUUUUUUGUUAUUUGCCCUUAGUAAAGGGCCGCUCUUUGUGUAUCAUUGGUGAAGUGUAUAUUUUGAAAAACUGUAUACUGUAAGUAAAACCAAAAUCAGAGAGAAACACAUUGGCUUAAUAUAUAGUUGAUGCUCUUUUUUAAUAAAAGGGCUAUUUGAAAAUAUGACGUUUUCCUCACUGCUUUUCCCCUCAGAAUUUGUGCUUUAUUAUGGACCAGUGUAAAAUGAAAGAAAAUGUAGAUCUUUGAACAACAUAUCUUGCAUGUGGAUUAAGAAUAUAGAUCAAUUAAAAAUUCUCAUGUUGAUGUCUUUCAUCUUUACAUGUAUUUAAAAACGUUUAUUUCAGAAUUAAUAUAGUCAUAUCAAAAUUAUUGACUUCAGAUCAGUCAAGGUAAUAAAUACUGUACACUAAAACGA